AUGCCGAUCUCUAAAAACAAAGUUGGCGUGCUACUUAGAAUGCAUCUAUAUGUUUGUUUCAGCUCGUAUCUACAAAUACCGGUCUUGCGCAAAAUGUAUAUGUACGAUUUCUAGCACAACAAGAAAGAGCAACAGCGAGUGCCAAAUUUCAAGAUAUAAGACCAGCAAGGAGGAAACGAAAGCAUCGGCAGCCAAAUGUCUCGACGACGACACCAGGCGUCCAUUCGUCUGUGCCGCUAUGGAGAAUUCCUGUUCUUCCUGUCUUAUUCGUAAGACGCAACGUAGCGAACAGAUUCACUCCAAAGAUUCAGAAGUUUUGGGAUUUGAUCCAGGAAACUCGGAAUCCAAGGACUUUUAGGAUGCAAGGAUCUGGAACUCUGUAUAGAAUGAGAACCCUAACUCAAAAAUUCAACUUAAAAAUUUUUUGACAAUUUUAUCGUUGGUUAGAGAUAAUUAAUUGAAAGUUAUCGUAGUAUAAAUGAUACAAAAAUAGAUGCUAGCCAAUAUUUCUUUAUAUGCGUAAACUUCGUGAAUUUGGAAGAUCAAUUAAAAUUCCAAAUGAAAAAAUGAAAAAAUUGAAAAGCAGAUUGAUGUAGACGAAAGAGAGAGAUUGCUCGUGGCAAAAGCCACGUAAUAAAUGCAGGUAACCGACAAUACGAGCACGCUCGUUCGUUUCACGUAAAAAGGGGUCAAGCGGAUAGCAUCGAUUUUAUUCAAAUUCCCGGUUUUACUUAAUAGGAGGUAUUCAUAGAGCCAAGGGAGAACAUUUCGAUGGUUCUAUAUAAUCGCGUGUUAAUUAUGGCGAGCAAUGAACCUAGGCGUUUCUUCGUCAUCAAAUAAUUUCAUAAUUUUACGCGUAUAUAAACAGUCGUAUCAAUUGGUGUGAGAAACAAUAAAAUAAUGAGAUGCAAAACGGCAAUCUCAAUAAUUCAAGGUCGAGAAUAUAAUUUAUUGAUCUCGUGACUAAACAUUAUUACGAACUUCCAGUGUUGUCAUUAAUUUAUGAUGAUCCAUGAUAGCAUAAUAACAUGAUACAUUCCUUGUCACAUGAAUCAAGGUCUAUCUCAAAUUUAUUGUUUUACUCCACGAGAAAAGAGUUCCGUAAUUUUGCUUCAACCAGAUUUAUUAUCAUAUAAUUACCUAAAAGUAGAUGCAACAAUAUUGCGCCAUUUUGCACCCUAGUUUAUAGUAUGUUACGAAUAUUGACAUUAAUAAUUCUGAUUGACGAUCAACUAUAUUAUAUGUCCGGCAAGAUACUGAGAAGCCAAUUUUUCCAUCCUUGCACUUCUGAACGAUUCAGAUCAUGGUCCAUAUUUGGCAGUGGUACAAAUUUCACAUUUA